CUUGACAGUCUAUCAUUCCUCCAGUCGAAACGCGCAACCACCAAUUCCCGCUUAUCCCUUUUUAAAACCCUCAUACUUCGACUUACGCAACACCAUAUUGCUCUCAAAAACCUUUGUGCUUAGUGACCGCUACCAAACCCCUCCAAAGAAGCUCUACCCCGCCAAACAUUCCACCUUAGCUCUCCAUAACCCGAACAACGCAUGCCAUAUACACGCUAAAGCUAAUUCAACUUUACUCUUCGCACCUUUUCAAAUAUAGCUUUCUCGUGGAGACAAUCGAGUUCGAGGUGGAAUACGACUUUACCCAAGCCUCUGCGAUAGAAUGUCUGUCUCUAUACAGGAGCUGGACACUACUGUCCAGGCCUUUUACGAAGGCAAGGGUGAAUUGCAAAAACAAGCUCAGCAGACACUAACAGAAUUCAAACAAAAUCCGGAUGCCUGGUUGAUAGUCGGGAAUAUACUUCAGGAAUCGCAAUAUCCCCAAACCAAAUACCUCGCCCUUCAAGUUCUCGACGAUGUUAUUAUGACACGAUGGAAGGUUCUACCAAGGGACCAGUGCCUAGGUAUUCGCAAUUUUAUCGUUAAUUUCAUCAUCGAAAAUUCCAAGUCUGAGGAGAAGUUAAGAAGUGAACGGGCGUUCUUGAACAAGCUUAACUUGGUCCUUGUUUCCAUAUUGAAGCAAGAAUGGCCACAUAAUUGGCCUACUUUUAUCAACGAAAUUGUCUCCUCGUGCCACACAAGUCUUUCCAUCUGUGAAAACAAUAUGGCGAUCCUUCGACUACUGUCCGAAGAGGUUUUUGACUUCUCUCAGGAUCAGAUGACGUCCGUUAAAGCGAGGAACCUGAAGACGACUAUGACCCAGGAGUUCUCGUCGAUAUUCCAGUUAUGCUCUGAGGUACUUACUACUGCAAACCAACCGAGCCUAGUCAAAGCCACGCUCGAGACGCUCCUUAGGUUCUUGAACUGGAUUCCCCUAGGGUAUAUCUUCGAGACGCCCGUCAUAAAUACCCUGUUAACGCGGUUUCUCGACGUCCCCGAGUUUCGUAAUGUGACUCUAAAAUGUCUCACAGAAAUUGGUGGGCUGCAGAUCGGACAUCCCUACAACUAUGACGAGAGGCUGGUUCACAUGUUCACGGAAACUCUGACCACAGUAUCAAAGACCAUUCCAUUAUCCAUGGACUUGAAGAGCACUUAUGCCAAGAGUAACUCGAGGGAUCAGGAGUUUGUGCUUAAUCUGGCAUUAUUCCUUUGCAGCUUCUUCAGCGCGCAUCUCAAUCUCGUUGAGAAGUUGCCUAACCGGGAUUAUCUCACGCAUGCCCACUUCUACUUGAUCCGAAUCAGUCAAAUCGACGAUAGAGAAGUGUUCAAAAUCUGCUUGGAAUAUUGGACCAGGCUAGUGCAGGAGCUCUAUGAAGAAAUGCAGCAGCUUCCGAUCACCGACAUAAACCCCUUGGUGAGCAUGGGCGUGAGUGGCUUGUCUAAUGGAGGCGCACCACAUCCCAAUACCCUUGCCGGCUAUCCCCUCCGCAAGCACAAAUAUGAUGAGGUUCUUUCGAGUUUGCGCACGGUCAUGAUAGAAAAAAUGGUGCGUCCAGAAGAAGUUCUGAUCGUUGAGAACGAGGAGGGUGAGAUUAUACGCGAAUUCGUUAAAGAAAGCGACACAAUCCAAUUAUACAAAACCAUCCGCGAGUGUCUGGUCUACCUGACACAUUUGGACGUUAUCGAUACCGAGAAUAUCAUGAUUGAAAAGUUAGCUAAGCAGGUUGAUGGUACAGAAUGGUCCUGGGCAAACUGUAACACACUUUGUUGGGCGAUCGGAUCAAUAUCCGGUGCCAUGAACGAAGAGACCGAGAAGCGUUUCCUUGUCACUGUCAUCAAAGACCUUUUAGGCCUCACGGAAAUGAAGAGAGGGAAAGACAACAAAGCUGUCGUGGCCAGUAACAUCAUGUAUAUCGUGGGACAGUACCCGCGUUUCUUGAAGGCUCAUUGGAAGUUCUUGAAGACAGUCGUUAACAAACUGUUUGAAUUUAUGCACGAGACACAUGAAGGUGUCCAGGAUAUGGCUUGCGACACGUUCAUCAAAAUUGCCAACAAGUGCAGGAGACACUUUGUUGCGCUUCAACCGGGAGAGAACGAACCUUUCAUUGAAGAGAUUGUUCGCAAUAUGCGCAAAAUUACCUGUGAUCUGUCGCCACAGCAGGUCCAUACUUUUUACGAGGCUUGCGGCUAUAUGAUUUCGGCACAGGGGCAAAAAGGACUCCAAGAUCGGCUAAUCGAGAACUUAAUGUCUUUACCCAAUUCCGCCUGGGACACUAUCAUUGCGCAAGCCAACCAGGAUCCUUCUGUCCUUCAGGAUGGGGAGACUAUUAAAAUAAUUGGGAACAUCAUGAAGACGAAUGUCGCAGCCUGCUCGUCAGUCGGUACUUAUUUCUAUUCCCAGCUAGGCCGCAUUUACCAUGACAUGUUGAACAUGUUCCGGGCAUCCAGUCAGCUCAUAAACGAUGCUGUUGCGCGCGAUGGGGAUAUUGCAACCAAGACUCCUAAAGUCAGGGGACUUCGAACAAUCAAACGGGAGAUUCUAAAACUUAUCGACACAUACGUGCAGAAAGCGGACGAUUUGGAGAUGGUCAAUGCGAAUAUGGUCCCACCCCUUCUCGAAGCGGUCCUAGUGGAUUAUAAUCGAAACGUACCCAAUGCUCGCGAAGCUGAGGUCUUGAGCGUUAUGACAACGGUCAUCCAGAAGUUGCACAAUUUGAUGGAUGAUAAAGUGCCGCUAAUCAUGGAAAGUGUAUUCGAAUGCACUUUGGAGAUGAUUAACAAGGACUUCCAUGAAUUCCCUGACCACAGAAUUCAAUUCUUCAAACUGCUUCAAGCGAUCAAUCUUUAUUGUUUCCCGGCACUGCUUAAACUAGACGCCACACAAUUCAAAUUCGUCAUCGAUUCUUGCAUGUGGGCAAGUAAGCACGAUAAUCGGGAAGUUGAAAAUACCGGUCUCACAAUGUGCCUCGAACUUAUGAACAACAUGGCUGAGGUAGAUGUACAAACGUCGAACAUCUUCUUCCGUCAAUUCUACAUCCCAAUCUUGCAGGAUGUAUUUUUCGUACUCACAGACAGUGAUCAUAAAGCAGGUUUCAAAUCCCAGGCUAUGCUGCUGUCGCGGAUGUUUUACUUCAUCGAAUCAGGCAAAAUCCAAGAUCCCAUCUACUCCCCUGAACAAGCACCUAUCGGGACAUCCAAUAAGGAUUUCCUCCAGAAGUACGUUGCGGAUCUUUUACAGACGGCUUUCAAGAAUCUGCAAGAAAUCCAAAUCAAGCAAUUCGUCGUGGGCCUGUUUGCUUUCAAUGACGACUUCAACAAAUUCAAGACACACCUUCGUGACUUUUUAAUUUCGUUGAAGGAGUUUGCUGGGGAUAAUGCUGAACUGUACGCCGAAGAACGGGAACAGGCUUUGAAAGAUGCCAAGGCUGCCGAGCGUGAUCGCGCAAUGAGGGUUGGAGGGCUCCUCAAGCCUUCGGAAAUGGACCAUGAUGAUGAGCUAUGACUCGAUGAAGAACUGAAAUCCGAGACUGACUUAUCUUCUUCGGCACAUGUGAUGAAAUGUUCGAAAGGCUCCAUGUCUUGCGACGACGGAGACUGGCUGGACGGCUGGUCCUUCUAUGGACUGUAGGUGCGAGAUGUCCCGUCUGUCUAUUUUAGGAUGUAUUUUGGUCUCUCAGCCGUUCCAACCCUGGUUCUUUUCCUUCUGGGAUCAGGAUCUCAUGGAAGGUUAGUAUCUGAUCUAUUGCGAUUUUGUCCUCAGACUUAUAUGGCCUGACGCAUGUUUAGCAUGUUGUCACUGUGUGAGCCACAACUUCCGGUCUUUCGCCUGUGGCUCUAGUUGUAUUUAAUUCUAGAUAGGCUAAAGACAUGUAAACAUUAUACGUCUUGU